AUGUCUUGCUUGAGACUGAGGCUUCCACCGGCCAGAAGGGCUUGGAAGAGCUUCACUUCCAAACUACAGAGCAAGCUCCACAAACCCAAAGGCAUCACAAAACCCAGAAACCGUGUCAAAGCAAUCACUGCUGCUGCUUCUUCUUCUUCUUCUUCUUCUGCUUGUGCUUCUGUCCAACUUCGACCUUACAAAUUUCUCCAACUGCGUUUCAAACGCAGACGGCGUCUUGCCCUACGUUUUCGCUAUAACCGCCCUCAGCUCCUACAGAAUCGCACCACUGCACAUGUCUAUGUUGACAAGCUUUUUAAAGAGCCGGCUGUGGCUCAGCCUCCGGUAGAGAAGUGCAAGCAAGCUGCUGCUGCUGCUGCUGCAACAACAGCUACUGGAAGUGGGGGCGAGAGAGCUUGUGCUACAGCAGACGAUAUGUGGGAGUCAUUGGGAUUUGCUUCCCCUCUGAUGCAUGGAAUUGAUGAAAGAGCUGAGGAGUUCAUAGCCAGGUUCAGAAAGGAAAUGGAGGUUCAGGAGAAGCUGGCACGCGAUCAUUUGUAG